AUGACAGAGCCGGAUUGGGUGCCAGAACCUGAAGCGCCGGAGCCUGAAGCGCCGGAGCCACUAGGAGCGACAGACCCAGAUUGGCCUGAAGCACCGGAGCCACUAGGAGUGCCAGACCCGGAGCGAGUGCCAGAUCCAGAUGGGGCGACAGAUCCCGACUGCACACCGGAGCCAGAAGCACCGGAACCACUAGGAAUGACAGACCCAGAUUGGGUGCCAGAACCUGAAGCGCCGGAGCCUGAAGCGCCGGAGCCACUAGGAGCGACAGACCCAGAUUGGGUGCCAGAACCAGACGCACCGGAGCCAGAAGCGCCGGAACCACUAGGAAUGACAGAGCCAGAUUGGCCUGAAGCACCGGAGCCACUAGGAGCGACAGACCCAGAGCGAGCGCCAGAUCCGGAGGGUGCGACAGACCCCGACUUAGCACCGGAGCCAGAAGCGGCGGAACCACUAGGAGCAACAGAUCCUGACUGCGCACCAGAUCCAGAGGAGCCAGAAGCGCCGGAGCCACUAGGAGCAACAGACCCAGAUUGGGUGCCAGAACCUGAAGCGCCGGAGCCAGAAGCGCCGGAGCCACUAGGAGCAACAGAUCCAGAUCGACCACCGGAGCCUGAAGCGCCGGAGCCACUAGGAGCGACAGAACCAGAUUGGAUGCCAGAGCCAGACGCGCCGGAGCCAGAAGCGCCAGAGCCACUAGGAGCGCCAGAUCCAGAGGAGCCUGAAGCACCGGAGCCACUAGGAGUGCCAGACCCGGAGCGACCUGAAGCACCGGAGGCACUAGGAGUGCCAGACCCUGAGCGAGUGACAGAUCCAGAUGCGGCAGACCCAGAUUGGGUGCCGGAGCCAGAAGCGCCGGAGCCACUAGGAGCGCCAGAUCCAGAGCGAGCGCCAGAUCCAGAGGAGCCUGAAGCACCGGAGCCACUAGGAGUGCCAGACCCGGAGCGAGUGCCAGAUCCAGAUGGGGCGACAGAUCCCGACUGCACACCGGAGCCAGAAGCACCGGAACCACUAGGAAUGACAGACCCAGAUUGGGUGCCAGAACCUGAAGCGCCGGAGCCUGAAGCGCCGGAGCCACUAGGAGCGACAGACCCAGAUUGGGUGCCAGAACCAGACGAGCCCGAGCCAGAAGCACCGGAGCCACUAGGAGCGACAGACCCAGAUUGGGUGCCAGAACCAGACGCGCCGGAGCCAGAAGCGCUGGAGCCACUUGGAGCAACAGAUCCCGACUGCGCACCGGAGCCAGAAGCGCCAGAGCCACUAGGAAUGACAGAGCCGGAGCGAGCGCCAGAUCCGGAGGCGACAGAGCCAGAGCGAGCGCCAGAUCCAGAGGGGGCAACAGAUCCCGACUGCGCACCGGAGCCAGAAGCGCCGGAGCCACUAGGAGUGCCAGACCCAGAGCGAGCGCCAGAUCCGGAGGGUGCGACAGACCCCGACUUAGCACCGGAGCCAGAAGCGCCGGAGCCACUAGGAGCAACAGAUCCAGAUUGGGUGCCAGAACCUGAAGCGCCUGAACCAGAAGCGCCCGAACCACUAGGAAUGAUAGAGCCAGACUGA